AAAAAGAAGACAACUUUCGGUAAAACCCUAAAAUUCUCCUUUGAUCAUCUUCUUUCGGUUUUCGUCUUCAAGAUUCUAACUUUCUCUCGCGAUUCUUCCCAAAGAAUUAGUGAAGAAAGAUGGGGAACUUAUGUUGCUGUGUACAAGUGGACCAAUCAACGGUGGCGAUCAAAGAAACGUUUGGGAAGUUCGAAGAUGUUCUUGAGCCUGGUUGCCAUUUUCUCCCUUGGUGUCUUGGUCAGCAAGUCGCUGGUUACCUCUCUCUCAGGCUUCAGCAGUUGGAUGUUCGCUGCGAGACCAAGACAAAGGACAAUGUGUUUGUUAACGUUGUUGCAUCGAUUCAAUACCGUGCAUUGGCUAAUAAUGCUAAUGAUGCCUUCUACAAGCUCAGUAACACAAGGAGCCAGAUCCAAGCUUACGUCUUUGAUGUUAUCAGAGCAAGUGUCCCCAAGCUGAUUCUGGAUGACGUCUUUGAGCAGAAGAAUGAAAUUGCCAAAGCUGUUGAAGAGGAGCUCGAGAAGGCGAUGUCUGCUUACGGUUUUGAGAUUGUCCAAACUCUCAUUGUUGACAUCGAGCCUGACGAGCAUGUCAAACGAGCCAUGAACGAAAUCAACGCUGCUGCAAGGAUGAGGUUGGCUGCAAACGAAAAGGCUGAGGCUGAGAAAAUCCUGCAGAUCAAGCGAGCUGAAGGUGAAGCCGAGGCCAAGUACCUUUCUGGUCUUGGUAUCGCCCGUCAGAGGCAAGCCAUCGUUGACGGGUUACGCGACAGUGUCUUGGGCUUCUCUGUGAAUGUUCCCGGGACAACUGCUAAAGAUGUGAUGGACAUGGUGCUUGUUACGCAGUACUUCGACACCAUGAAGGAGAUUGGUGCCAGUUCCAAAUCCUCUGCUGUGUUCAUUCCCCACGGACCAGGAGCAGUACGCGAUGUGGCUACUCAGAUCAGAGAUGGGCUCCUUCAAGGCUCCUUCGCAGACCAGUCUUGAAUUAGAUGGACUGAUCAUUAUAUGUUCUCUACUAAGCUUGCUGUGUGUUAAGAUCAUAUGAUCUUGUGCUGAGAAACUCUCAUGCUUUUAGGUUCUUAUAUUUUUCGUUAAUAUAUUUCGCGUAUGACGUAUUUGGGUGUACGACCAAAAAUCGCAAUUAGUAAUCAAUUAAUCUACAUGGAUUAUAUGUU